AUGAAUUCAACAACAUCAUUUAAAAGCAAUCCAUUAAAUAAAAUAAUAGGACUAUCAGUAGUAUUAUCAAUGGGUUUUUUACUAGUGAUAUUAGCAGGAAUAUAUGGAAAUUGGUUCCCCAUAAUAAUAGGUUUCAUUUUCGCAAUAGCUCAUUUACCAAUAAUUAUAACAAAAUCAAUAACAAAUUCAUCAGAUUAUGAUUUUAAUUUUGAUCCAUCAACAACUAAUACAAAUGUUAUAAUAGAAUUUGGACAAUUUUUAUCAAGUUUCUUGUUAGUUUCGGGGUUUUAUUUACCUAUUAUUUUACAUCAUUCUUUAAUUUUAAAUAAAAUGGCUUGUAUUUUAACUAUAAUUGGUGGAUUAUUAAUUUAUAUUACUAUUUAUACUUUUAGUCAUUAUUUUGAUGAUACUUAUGAUGAAGAUGGAUUAACUGAUUUAGGUGGUGGGGUCAUAUAA